UAUUUUUAUUUUUGAAAAUUUUAAGAAGAUUGCGAAUUCGGGAGAUGUUUCUGUUUUAAGAUGAAUGGAAGUGAUGCAAAAAAUGAUACAGACGGUGAUUCUUCCAUGGCACUCUGUUCUAAAUUAGAAAAAUUAGUUGAUAGCAUUCGGUUCUAUGAGUCUAAACUUGCUAACUUAAGAGAUGGCAAUGUGGAUGCAAAAAGCCUUUCAGAAGAUGGGGACCCUAUAGAGGAUGCCAAGCAGGAAAUGUCAGAUGAAGUAAUUGGGGCGAAGCUCAAAGUUCUGUAUGCACAAAAGAAAGCUAUUUGUGUGCAUCUAGCGGCUGCUCAGUCUCGAGAAAGGAGAUCUUCCGACGAAGUCAAAGCACUUAAGCACAAAUUACGCAAAGCAAUCUUAAGGGAAGCCGAAAUGGUGAUGACUACUCUCAGUGACUGUAGUGGUGAUCUUUAUGGAGUUUGCUCAGAACCCAUUUCUGGUUUCAGAUUUGGAAACCCAUCUAAAGAUUCUCUGUUUCAUGCUGUUGUUAUUGAUGAAGCAGCUCAAGUAUAUUUCUUCAUUCUAUCCUACAUGUUGAUCUGUUGGUUGUUUAUUUAUUUAUUUUUAACACUGAACCAGAUUUUGGUUUUAUGAACCCUACUCUGCUGAUUUUGCUUUCUUGUUUACAAAUUUAAGCUCUUGAACCGGCAACUCUGAUUCCUCUACAGCUUCUAAAAUCAAAUGGAACCAAAUGUAUUAUGGUUGGUGAUCCAAAGCAGCUUCCUGAGACGGUUCUUUCUAAUGUUGCC